UCCAUUGGUGGGACAAAACCUUUAUUGGCGUCUUGUUUCAAGUUGUCCAUGUUGAACACGAGCUUGUUACCACCUGAACCUGAACCCAUUUAUCCCUCUUUAUCAACAAUCUAAUUAGCGAAAUUCAACAUGGAGGAAAUAGGAAUUAUUUCACAGGAAGAAGUAUUUCAUAGUAAAAGUAACCUUCCUGCCAGUUCAUAUAUAACUGAUGUGGAUGUUGAUGAUCUCUAUGCUAAGUACAAGAAACUUCAGAAACAACUGGAAUUCCUCGAGGUUCAAGAGGAGUAUAUUAAAGAUGAACAAAGAAAUUUGAAACGAGAAUUACUUCAUGCUCAAGAAGAAGUGAAGAGAAUUCAGUCAGUGCCAUUGGUUAUUGGGCAAUUUCUUGAAGCUGUUGACCAAAAUACAGGGAUUGUAGGAUCUACUACUGGUUCAAAUUAUUAUGUUCAGAUUUUGAGCACAAUUGACAGAGAACUGCUCAAACCAAGUUCAGUGGCUUUACAUAAGCACUCAAAUGCUUUAGUUGAUGUUCUUCCACCUGAAUCUGACAGCAGCAUUGCAAUGCUGGGGGAUGAGAAGCCUGAAGUGUCUUACUCAGAUAUUGGUGGGAUGGAUGUUCAAAAACAAGAGAUUCGUGAAGCUGUCGAAUUGCCUCUUACACAUUUUGAGCUCUAUAAACAGAUUGGAAUAGAUCCACCGAGAGGUGUUCUCAUGUAUGGGCCACCUGGUUGUGGAAAAACAAUGUUAGCUAAAGCAGUGGCUCGUAACACAACAGCUGCAUUCAUUCGUGUUGUUGGCUCAGAGUUUGUUCAGAAAUAUCUUGGAGAAGGUCCUAGAAUGGUUCGAGAUGUGUUUAGGUUGGCUAAAGAGAAUGCUCCUGCGAUCAUUUUUAUUGACGAGAUUGAUGCAAUUGCCACAAAACGUUUUGAUGCACAGACAGGAGCGGACAGAGAAGUUCAAAGAAUUUUACUUGAGCUUCUUAAUCAGAUGGAUGGUUUUGAUCAGAAUGUCAAUGUAAAGGUGAUAAUGGCCACCAAUCGACAGGAUACGCUUGAUCCAGCUUUACUUCGACCUGGACGUUUGGAUCGUAAGAUAGAAUUUCCAUUACCAGAUAGGAGACAAAAACGACUGAUCUUCUCUACUAUUACCGCAAAAAUGAAUCUCUCUGAGGAAGUUGAUUUGGAAGAUUAUGUGGCUAGACCUGAUAAAAUAAGUGGAGCAGACAUCAAUGCCAUUUGCCAAGAGGCUGGUAUGCAAGCAGUUAGAAACCGCUAUGUUAUCUUAUCUAAAGAUUUUGAAAAGGGUUACAAGACUAGUGUGAAGAAAGAUGAAACAGAACAUGAAUUUUACAGAUAAGUUGUAAUCAAUGUACAUGUCAUAAUUAAUCGUUAAUUUGUCUUAAUUUGUUUUUAUAACAUUAAGCGUUCAUUUUACUGCCAUUUCUUAA